GAGAGAGACCCAAGCAGGCAACAACAAAUUAAAUGGCGCAGGCCAAGAUGGUGACGACGACCGCCGUCGCGGUCGCCGUGCUGGCCGUGGCGGCCCUCGCCGGCGUCGCGUCCGCCGAGAGGGCCGGCGGGUUCGUCGUCACCGGGCGCGUCUACUGCGACCCCUGCCGCGCCGGCUUCGAGACCAACGUCUCCAAGAGCGUCCCGGGCGCUACGGUGGAGGUGGUUUGCCGUCCGUUCGGCAGCACCAAGGAGACGCUCAAGGCGGAGGCGACGACGGACGAGAAGGGGUGGUACAAGCUGGAGAUCGACCAGGACCACCAGGAGGAGAUCUGCGAGGCGGUGCUGGACAAGAGCUCCGACCCGGCGUGCGCCGAGAUCGAGGAGUUCCGCGACCGCGCCCGCGUCCCGCUCACCUCCAACAACGGCAUCAAGCAGCAGGGCGUCCGCUACGCCAACCCCAUCGCCUUCUUCCGCAAGGACCCGCUCAAGGAGUGCGGCAGCAUCCUCAACAAGUACGACCUCAAGGACGCAUCGGAGACGCCAUGAUUAUUGAGCACCUAGCUGCUACUGCUAGCUAGCAGAUACCGAGUACUACUGUUGGACGGAAU